AUGAGCAAACGUCGUUGCCGUGACCGAACCAUUCAGUCCACUUCUACAUCUUUCAGUCGUCCUUCAUCAUCCCAAAGUUUUUAUUCACAAUCAUCAUACCCUGAACAUUUGCAACAAAAGUUGAUCAAUCGCCAGGCAACAUCAAGAAAAUGGUCAACGGAUGAUAUAAACACGUUUUUAUCAGUUUAUGAAGAACAUCCGUGCCUAUGGAACUACAAAGUACUGUCAUUUAAAGAUAGGAUUCAACGGGAUGCAGCGCUAAAGAAGAUUGUUGAGGUUAUCUCGCACACAGCAUAA